AUGGACAAGCACCUCAACGAGCAGGAAAUAAAUGGGGACCUACAAGUCGUUAUUGAGGAAGAAACGGUUCCUCUGAAUGAACAGGCUUUUCUGGGAGCAAGUGAGGACAAUUGGAUCGGUCGUCUUUGCCGUCGCAAUGUUGCACUGCAACCUAUGCAGUACAGCAAGAGGCUUUUGCCACUUGAGAAACCGUAUAAAUUGGCCGAACGGGAAGCACCUGCGAGGGUGAAAAAUGGGUUUAUCAUGUUAAACUGGUCGAAUGAGGAAAUUCUGAUCACGAUCUACUUCGUGGCCCGAUGCAUCCGUCCCAAGUCGGUCCAGGGCCUGCUUCUGCGUCGAGGAUACGAUCGUUCUCUCGCCGCCAUCGAACGAACUAUCAUAUGUACAACCAAGCAAUACCCAUAUUUGAAAUUCGCCAAUGGUCAAUGGGAUCUAAGCGCCAUUGACCGAUGGAUGAAAGACUUUGUUCGAAGUCAAGAGUCAGUCAACAAGUUAACGCGUUUCUCACUCGAGGAUGCAGAAGAUAUGGUCCUUAAAAUAUCUGUCGAUGAUCUAUUAGAAACGAUGGACAACCUCGGCCUAGACUUCACAGACCCUGCGUUCAACGCCCGCACAUAA